AUGAAGAGACACAUAGCUGAACCAAUGGAAAAAGUGGAGGCUUUUAAAAAGAAUGGCCUUUCUAAUGAGAAAUAUUCCCAUUCCCACACUCUUCUACCAAAAGUAGAGUAUAACUUCCUUUCAAUGUUGGGAAUCUGGACCUACAUUUGGGAUAUAAAAUUCCUAAAGAUACAAGAAUUUAUGGUGGAUAUCUGGCUUGCUUACUCCAUACCAUUACCAUCCAGCCACAGCCAACUGUUAUCCUUAUUUGUGAUCUGCUCCUGCAUUGCAGCAUCUGUCGGAGGCCUCUUCCACUGCUGGAUGUUUUCGUCUCUGAAAUAUUCCUUCCAGUUUUCUGCCUGGGCAUCCUCUGUCCUUAGUUUCCUGGUGUUCUUAAUCCUCUUUUUGGUGCAUCCAGUCCGGUGCCUGUUUACUAUAAUUGUGCCUACAUUAGGGACGAGACAAGGGCGAAGGCUGCUGCUAUCUGCCUGCUUUAUGAUAGUAGCUAUCAACGUUAUCCCAAAUAUUAUGAACAAUAUUCAAGCAAUCUUGAAAAUCAUUAAAUGCACCUGCAAGAAUUCCAUGGACAGUCUUGUGACCUCAAUGCUCCUGUUGGGUAAUGCUUCCUGGGACUUCAGCCAUUCUCUCAAAAGCAUAAUUGACAACAUGCCAGAUAAAUUAUUGAGUUCCAGGAACAGCCAUGUUCAGUUUAAAAAUCACAGUAAUAUCUUCCAACUCAAUGAGAAAAUGGUUAACAGUAGCCAAAGUAUCCAGGAAGAUUUUUUAUAUGCUGAUAAGCUGGUCCAGAAGAUCAUACUCUUGACCAACCGGGUGACAGCUGGGUUUUUUCUCUUCUAUCUCCUUUUCCAAGCAACAUGGUACCUGAAGAGUUAUCUUACAGAUAUUUGUUUUGAUAAUAUUUACAUCACCCCAAAGCUGGAAGAUCUGGCUCACAAAAACAAAACAACUGAUUUGCUGAUUUCCACAUCCAGGAAGUUAAUUAAACCAACCAGCUUCAAAUUGUCCCAAAAAGAACUCAAGGCUUCUCUCAGACACGUUUUUCUUCUCACAUUAGUCCUGGUGGUGAUGCUGCUUGUCAUAGCAACUGAUUACAUUGCCUUUUAUUUGGCACAAACAGCUGUAACUGAAGUCACUCAGAUCCCUGUUGUCCCAGUUACUUUCUGGAUAAAAUAUGAAAUCAAACUAAGUUUUGUUGGUUUGCAACCUUCCCUAAUGGUUCCAUUUGAGAGAAAUUACCAUCAGAACCUGACUUUUGUUACUUCUAACUGCUUCAUGCAAAAACCAAAUCCUCCCAACACAGCUUUGGUUCUGGCUGUUGCGCUUCUCUUUUGCAUCAUUUAUGCUACGGUAUUUUUGGAAGCAUACUCACACCGUCUGUGCCGAAAAAUUUCAGCCUCCUUUUUUGAGAACCAGGAAAACCAGAGAAUCCAGUACCUCUACAAGAAGCUCAUUAGAAAGAACAAGAAAAAAGAGCAACAGGAGGCAUCAGUACUUUGUUGAAUGCUAUUUUUCAAGAGCAAUUUGCACCAUUGUGGAACUAGCAAUAAUUAAAGCCGAUAUUGUAUAAUCACAGUUCUAAAGGAAAAAAGCAAUAGAGGACAAUAUAGAAACUGGAUGAUACACAACUCAAAGGAGUUUAAAUAUACAGAUUUAUCAUAAAAUAAAAAUGUCUCAUUUGAACCAAGCACAACUCCUGAUGAUUACAUAGGCAUAGACAUAUGCAUUUAUUUAUGUUUAUUAUGUUUUUAGAGCUGCCUAACUUGCAACAUCUCUGGACAGGAUACAGAUUUAAAAAAAACCCUAAUAUAAAAGAUGAAAGAUGUC